GUUUUGGUGGGGCUGUGGUGGCCAAAUCGGUUCACAGUCACAUUCCGGUGACGUCAGCAGCGGUUUCUGCGUGCGCUAAGUCGCUGGUUUCGGUCUCCCCAAUUUCCCAUUUCCUAUUAACGUGAUGCUCUCAAUUUCUUAUCAUUAAUUGGAUUAGGGUUUUCAUAAAGUCUUCUCCUUUUCCUUCGUUCUGUGCCUCUUUGAUUCCCUUCCGUAGCGAUCACCCUAACAUGUAGGUUGGUCAUGAGGUGCAAACCCUACACCAAAUGCUGACCUCUUGCAUUUGGAGUGCCUUUUCAAAUUGCAUUCUUUGUGGAAAUUGAUACUGACGGGUGUUUUCUGAAAUAAGCUGGGAUAAUAGAAGCUCAUGGAGUUGUAGUUGCAGCUGCUGGGAAUUUUGAUUUGGGGCUAUUGGCUUAAAGGAGGUGCUACUUCAGAUAGUGGUGUAUUUUGCACAUGGCUCCAAAUCUGAGGCUGAGGUUAUGUGUUCCCUUGUUGUUUUUGUUGUUGAGUUUUUUCUUGAAUUCAAAUGCGGAAUUGGAUCAUCAAGUUUCCGAUAAGGUCAUAGCUGCUCCUCAUAAAGAUGUAGGGACUAAUGUAAUUGAUGGGACUGGUGUAGAGAAUGUUUUUAAUUUUGAUAAUGCCAAUAAUGUGGUGGGUAGUAGGAAGGGUGGAAGCAGUAAGGUUUCAGUUUCAACGGUCGCGUUGUUUACACUGGCAAUGGCAGCUGCCACCGGUUUAGGUGCUGUGCCCUUCUUCUUUGUGGAGCUUGAUCCACAGUGGGCUGGUUUGUGCAAUGGAAUGGCUGCAGGUGUUAUGUUGGCUGCAAGCUUUGAUCUAGUACAGGAAGGGCAGGAGUAUGGUGCUGGAAAUUGGGUUGUCAUUGGAAUUCUAGCCGGUGGAAUUUUUAUUUGGCUAUGUAAAAAGUUCCUUGAGCAAUAUGGGGAAGUAAGCAUGUUGGAUUUAAAAGGUGCUGAUGCUACCAAAGUUGUUCUUGUUAUUGGAAUAAUGACUCUCCACUCUUUUGGGGAGGGAUCUGGCGUUGGGGUAUCAUUUGCUGGGUCAAAGGGUUUCACUCAAGGCCUGUUGGUAACUCUGGCUAUUGCGGUACACAACAUACCAGAGGGAUUAGCUGUGAGCAUGGUGCUGGCAUCAAGGGGUGUCUCUCCACAGAAUGCCAUGUUAUGGAGCAUAAUUACAUCUUUACCCCAGCCGAUUGUAGCUGUUCCUUCGUUUAUUUGUGCUGAUGCAUUCAGCAAGUUUCUUCCUUUUUGUACGGGAUUUGCUGCUGGAUGCAUGAUUUGGAUGGUUGUUGCGGAAGUGCUUCCUGAUGCUUUCAAGGAAGCCUCAGCUUCACAGGUUGCAUCAGCUGCAACCCUUUCUGUAGCAUUUAUGGAAGCUCUCAGCACCUUCUUUCAGAAUUUCAGUCAUGACUACAACGCUGAGGAUGCCUCUGGCUUUUUUGUUUCAUUACUUUUUGGCCUUGGCCCUUUACUUGGAGGGGUUAUUCUGGUUGCAUUUGCUCUUGCUUUUCAUCUUCAGCAUGCUCUCCUCAUGGGCACUGCAUGUGGUAUUGCCUUUGUUCUUGGUGCCUGGCGUCCAGUGCAGCUUAUUUUGUCUUCAAAAUUGGGAUUUAUUCCCGUUUUAUUACUUCUUGCAAUGGGGGCCGCUUUCAUCCAUGUUUCUACCUCUGGUGUAUUGAAGGUGGCAGCUUCCAAAAAGGCUUCAGUCAAUGACUUACCUACACUCACCGGUUUCCCACUUAGCGUUCACACCCUUCAAUCAUUCAUAUCGUGUGGUGCAGUCGCAUUUCACGCCUUGGCUGAAGGACUUGCAUUGGGAGUAGCUGCACCAAAAGCAUAUGGACUCGGUCGUCACAUGGUCCUUCCAGUCUCUCUCCACGGACUUCCUCGAGGUGCGGCUGUGGCUAGCUGCAUAUUUGGAGCCACUGAUAGCUGGCAUGGUUCUCUUGCAACAGCUGCCAUAAUUGGAUUUAUGGGUCCAAUAUCAGCAAUUGGAGCUAUUCUUACUGGCAUUGACUAUAGUGGUCUUGAUCACAUAAUGGUUCUUGCCUGUGGUGGAUUGAUACCUAGCUUUGGAAAUGUAGUAAAGAGAGCUCUUAGUUUGGAUAAGCGGAAGAGCACCUGUGGCCUCAUUAUGGGUAUUGGGUUUGCUACUUUAUGUCUAACAUUCACUAGGUUGGUUUGCUUACAUACACCUUACUGCAAUUCUGCACCAGAGGCUGUCAGAUAAGAGUCUUACGCUGUUGUAAAAGUUAUAUACGUUUCUGUAAUUCGAUUUCCCGAAACAUGGUUGCUCUAAUUCGAAGAGAUCCUUGGUAAAGAAACUAGAAAGAGCAAUUUGAACUGGACGCUAAGAGGAAGGCACAGUUUUCAUAUCUGUCAUAUUUCAGUGUUUACUUGUAUAUACAUUUUACACAUGAUCAAAAUUUGCCGAACAAUGUAAAACACUAUUGAGAAAUGAAACAGGUGAUUUUUCUUUUGGCGGGUUA